CGACACAAUUAAAGCAACAAGUUCAGAUUAUUCAGAUAUCAGGAGUUGCAGAGGAGAAUAGAAUAAUACAUGGUUUCAUCAGUCGCUUCUUUGAAAAUGAAGAACCUCGUAUCAACUUUCCUCGUUGUGUGCCUCUUAGCCUCGCUCCUCUAUCCAAUAAAGGCUCACGGAGGAGGAGGAGGUGGUUCUGACAGCGGAGAUUUGUAUUCUCGGGGUCUGAUCGUGGUGAAACUAUGGUGUUUGAUCAUCUUGCUUGUGACCACUUUCGCUGGUGGGGUGUCUCCUUACUUCUUCCGCUGGAACGACACUUUUCUUGUGUUGGGGACUCAGUUCGCUGGUGGGGUUUUCUUGGGAACCUCCUUGAUGCAUUUCUUGAGCGAUUCCGAUGAGACCUUCCGAGAACUCACCACAAAAGCUUACCCUUUUGCCUUCAUGCUCGCUUCAUCUGGAUACCUUCUCACCAUGUUUGGUGACUGCGUUGUGAAUUUUGUCACCAGCAAUAGCCAGAAGAAGCCCAAAGUGGUGGAACUGGAAGGAGGGAAAGCACUCCAAGAGCAACAUGACCAAGCUAGAGAUCACUGUGCAGUGGAGACAACAAACCCGGCAUUAUUGAAGACUUCUUCUGUGGGAGACACCAUUCUACUCAUCCUUGCACUGUGUUUCCAUUCGCUUUUUGAGGGCAUUGCCGUUGGAGUUGCAGGUACGAAGGCAGAAGCAUGGAGGAACUUAUGGACAAUAUCCUUGCACAAGAUAUUUGCUGCAAUUGCAAUGGGAAUUGCUUUGCUUAGGAUGUUACCCAAGAGACCCUUAUUAACAACGGCAGUAUAUUCUUUUGCCUUUGCUGUGUCAAGCCCCAUUGGUGUGGGGAUUGGUAUUGCCAUAGAUGCCACAACACAAGGAAGCACCGCAGAUUGGAUGUUUGCUAUAACAAUGGGUGUUGCUUGUGGGGUUUUCAUCUAUGUUGCCAUCAAUCAUUUAAUAUCCAAAGGCUUCAAACAGCAGGCCGGGACGACCAGCAGUUUCGACACCCCCUGGUUUAGGUUUCUCGCUGUGCUUUCUGGUGUUGCUGUUAUAGCAGUAGUCAUGAUCUGGGACUGAUCAUCAUCAUCAUCUUCCAAUUCCUGUUUUUCUUUGUUUUUUAAUAUUGUUCUACGAAAUUGUGCGCGUGACACCUAUGAUGAAUGCACAUAAUUUAGUUUCUGUGUUCGGAUUCUCAAUACAUAAAAUACUAUGUAAUAUGUCGUGUAAUAUAUAUUGUUAAUGGACCCUCAAUGUUUAUAGAGUGA